CGGCAGAAUUGCAGCAGGGGUAGUGACAUCCCCCUGAAUUUUUACAGUCGCUUCAGUCUCCGCUUAGCCGUGGACCCGGGAGGACGUCCCGUGCGUUACGACUAAAAUCAGUUUAUUCAAAACCGUGUUUUGUGUAUUACUGCAAAUACAGUGGUAGUCCAACGUUAUUAAGCUGUCAGAGAAAAAACGCGCCACCAUGCUCGGAAUACGUUCAUCCUGUGUUCUUCUCUACGCUCUGCUUAUGAUCCUUGUGAACGUACAUGGUCAAACUGAAACCGAAGCACCUUCCACUACGAGUACUAAACCACCACCGACGACGGUAGCUUCGACCACCGUGACAUGGGAAACUGAAAUCCUCAACGAGGGUCAGGCGAUACAGAAGGCUUUACAAUAUUUGCUGCAACAUAGACAGCCUGAUUGGGGAUGGGGGAACGAUACCCAUCACGUAAUGCUUACGUUACAGUUAGCGAAUAACACAGGCAAAGAGAUUGAACAGCAGGGAUUAGAGAUGCAACUAUCUGCUAAGCAAAUGGAGAUUGAGAUACUACUUAUGAUGUCCAAGCACCACGAGUCCCCGCCGCCGCUGAGCCGGCUGGCGGCGUACACGCUGGCACUGGGCGCGCUCUGCAAGGACCCGCGCGCGCUGCACGGGCGCGACCUGGUGACGGCGCUGCUGCACCGCGAGCCGCCGCACGACCUGGACUUCGCCUACGCCACGCUCGCCGCCUGCUCGUCGGCCGCGCACGUGCGGCGCCGGCACAUCCGCCGCCUGCUCGACAUCGCCAACGCCGCCGCCGACCACAGUCUCGAUACAAUUUCAAUGGUUAUCUUGGCACUGCGCUGCGUAGUACAAGAUCACCGUCACCGAAGUCUGAUACAUUUCGUACGAAGACCGAUGGCUGGUCUGGCGCGGCAGCAACAUCCCGACGGCAGUUUUGGUACCUUGACCACAACAGCGUUAGCUAUACAGGCUCUCGAAGAUUCUGACAAUGGCCCCGGAGCUCACCAACACUGGAGUCUCCCCGCUGCGAGGAAGUGGCUGCUCGAGCGACAGGAGCCUGAUGGCGGUUGGGGCGAUGUAGCAAAAACCGCAGCAGCGGUCGCAGCGCUCACUCCUGCAUCCCUUGCUGCUGUUCGACCACCGCAUUGCAGCGACAAAUUGCUAGAUAGUCGACAUGAACCACUUGAUAACAAUGGCGGAGACGGCAGCUUGAAGCUGGCGUACCAAGCAGGUCACUCGAGCAAUGAUUCCGACGCUCGCAAUGUCUCCUUUACGUAUACGCUCUGGCUUGGAACCAAUGUUACCGAAAAUUAUACUUUAUAUAUGAUAGCUCCAAGGAACAUAUCAUUCUAUCACGUCAUGCAAAUGGCUGCAGAACAGGACCCUAAGUUUAAGUUUGAAGCUAGUGAAUGGCCUAAUGGUCACUAUGUGCACACUCUAGCUGGUCACAAGGAGGAACCCAUGGGCUACCACUACUGGUUGCUGUACCGCUUACCUGAGAUACCCGACCCUGUCAGCCCUCCUGGCAAUCAACUGGUUGCUCCUGUCGGUGUUGACGAUUUACUCGUAGAAGACGGGGAACAUUACCUCUUCUGGUACAAGAAGCUGUAAUUCUUAUAACAGGAUUUUCUUUAUCAAAUUGUGAUUUAAUAUUUAAGCCACUGAAAUAAAUCUGCGAUCUGAUGCUGGAAAAGCCAAAGUAAAUGUAACCCACAUUUUGCGAAAUAAUUUAAAUUAAUAUAUAAUUACUUCGUGCUAAAAUUACAUAAGCUUUACAGAAUCGAUACCAAAAAUAUCACGCAAGAAAGCA